UCGCUUCUUGUAAUUUAUAUAUGAGGAGGCCGCGUAGAAAAACUCAAGUAAUCAAUUCGGAAAGACGAGACGGAAAAACGUUGAUAACAACUGUGCCCUUCCUUUUGAAUGAUUUGAAUUACGUUAUAAAAAAUCACAGCAGCAAUAAAGCAGUCUGGGCAAACACUGUAACAAAGAAAAUGUCGCGUGUGAGACUUUUUUUGUUCAAUUUACUCAUCCUCUUUUUGAUAGCAAAAAGUAUAGCAAACGUUGAAGAAAGUCAAGAAUAUCAAGCGGAAUUUGAUAGGACCUUUACGUGUGACGACGUUGUUCGCAUAUGGAAAGGCGAGGAUUAUGCUUCUACUAAACCUUCGGAAGAGUUUAUAAAAGAUUUUGAAAUAAACUUUGGUGAAGCCUAUCGAUAUGGCGGCCCUGGACCCACCAUAGCUACGUAUGACGUCAUGGAAAUUGUGACUUUACCCACCAUUAAACAAUUUCUCGUGACUGCUUGCUCUUUACGGAAAAGAAUUCUUAAUGCAACCGCACAUGACAUUAUGGAGAGUUAUUUGACAAUAAAAGAAAUCAGGAAAGUCGAAUAUGAGGGUGGUUGGGGACCGAACACACAUGGCUUGUUAGGUAAUAGCAAGAAACCAGCGGAAUAUUUGUGGUAUAUGAGAAAGCCAUCAACAAACGAUCUAAUGCAUAUGCUACGCACGUUUUUCUGCAUCUACCGCACUUGCAACGUUGGAAUAUGUAAAAUUGGAUCUGCGGAAUUUUCGGAAGCACAUUAUGAAACAGCAAGAAUUGAACUCCUGACAGCAUGGCGUGAUAAGAUAAAGGCAUUGGAUGAAGAUAUUGCCGACGAAGUAGUUAUGGUGAAAAUGUUGAAACAAGCCAUUGUUCUCGAUGAAAAGACUGAAGCAGACUUGUUGAAGGGAGAACUUCUUUCCUAUUGGAUCAACAGAAUCUUGAUGUUAGAUGGUAUAAUCACAAUUAUGGUGGGUAUAGAACAAAAUCCAACGAAAGAAAACUUCAUGAAAAGUAUUUGGGACUCCACCAUAUGUGAGUGUUUAGAUGGAUAUGGUGGGAGAAUGUGCAAUGUCUGCCCAACGGAAAAUAUAUUGCCACUUUAUAUUUUUAACAAAUUUUAGUUUUUAUUUAUGCAAACUGUUAAAAUAUUGUUUUUAGUAUUUCUAAAUGUCCCCACACAGUAUCUGGUAAUGAAAAACAUAUCCAUUUAUUUCAUCUUGGUUGGUUUAGCCGGUCUAUCGAUUGAAAUUAUUCAGAUGUUUAUUUUUGGUCCUCUACAUUUGGUCCAACAUUCGAUCUCCAUAUGUGACACCAGAAAAUCUAAUGAACGUUAUUGCGGAGAUUUGUGAAGACUAGAUA